UUAAAUUAUUGUUAAACAAAUGAAAUUUAUUUGUAAAUAAAUAAUGUAUUAUGUAAUCACUGUAUAUAAAGGGAAGUUAUUUCACUAACAUUGCAUCCCUGUUUGGAUCAAUACUACAAUCCCACCCCUCUUCAUCAUCAAAGGCACCACCCAUUGGUAAACAGUGUAUGAGUCACUAUAUAUAUUUAUACAUGCAUAAGUGUUUUUUUUUUCAUAAGUUGUAUGUGUUUAUUUUGCUUUGAAUUUUAUAAUGAGUGAAAAUAGCAUUAAAUAAUAAAACAUUUUAUAAAGUAACUAUGUAAAUAAUGAAGGAGCCACAUUAUAAGCCACCAUGAUCUGAUCAAAAUUAAAUACAUAACUAUGUCUUCCAAAAUUUACAUGUGAUAUUAGUAAUUAUUUUAAUACGUUUGUCUUCCAUUUAUUAAUUUAAUUAAUAUUAAUCAAGUCUUCCAAAUAUUAAAAUUAUGAUAAGAUUUAACUUAAGAUUUAAUAUAUUUUAAUUACAUUUAUUUAUACUAAAUUAAUAACAAUAAAAUGUCCAACCCAAAUAAUGUUGAACAACAAUGUUUUAAACGAGUAUGGAAAAAAACUCUUAGAUCCGUAUUUAAAAAUCCUACAAAUGCUAUGAUAAUGGCUGAAACAAAAUCUAUUCAACAAGUAAAUGUUAAUCUCAAGAAAAAAAAGUCUAGACGACGGAGGAAAAAAAAAAAUAAACAGAAAAUUUGUGAUUGUUGUAUGGAUAGAACACAUAAUAUAAAUGGCCCAGUAUCAACUUUGAAUGCAAAUGAUUUAUUGUAUCUUCAUCAUGUGCCUUGGGGCUGUCUGAACACGGUUUGCAUUAAUGGAAUGCAAUUUGCUAAUAUUAAUAGCUUAAAAUCGUUUUUAAGUGUUAGGGAUUCUCAUCAAUUUGCUGAUGAACAGUUAAAAAAGAACGCAAGACUAAGAGAUGCUUUUGGUAUAUCAGAAUUUUUUAUUGAAGGCUCUAGCUUAGAUCCAGAACGAAAAAUAAAAGAAGCGGCUCUGGCCCAGUUAAAGGCGUUGCAGGUGGAUCAAGCACUUGAACAAACACAAAUGAAUGAAGACACCUCAACAAAUAAAGACAGCAGUAUUGCAAACGAACUACAGUUUAAAAGUCCUAAGCAUAAAAAACGAAAGAAGAAGAAGUCAAAAUCUCAUAAAAGUGAAAAAGAAAAGGGAAGUGAAAAGAAAAAAUCAAAAAAACAUAAAAAGAAACAUAACUCUUCAUCCGAAGAUAGUCCAAGAAUCGAUGAAGUAAAAGGUAACAAGAAUUUGUCUCAAGUUAAAUCUAAGUAUGAUGAUGAUGAUAAAUCUAAUAAGAUAACCGAAACUAAAAAAAAAUUUGAGUUUGAAAAUAGCCAUAAAAAAUAUACAAGAGACAAUGAUAAGGUAAUAGAAUUCAAGUAUAAAAGUGAUUGGGAGGAUUUCCGUAAAAAAGAUUCUAAACUAGAAGAUACUAAAAACUUGAAAAAAGAUAAAAUUACUGAAGAACUCAGCAAACCAAAGUCUAAAGACACUAUUAAUGAUUCUAAAAAACAAGAAAAUUCUCCUAGACAUAAAACACCAAUAAAAGAACGUGAUCGGGAUAGAGAGAGAGAUUAUGAUAGAUAUUCAUAUAGGCAACAGCGAAAUCGUGAUGACAUUAAAUCAAAUAAAGAAAAAUCUGAUAAAAAAUCUGAUAGAGCAGACUCAAAAUACAGUUCUAAGAAAAGGAAUUCAAGAACUCCUAUUAAAGAAUUGAAGAAAAAAUCAAUUCAACCUGAGAAAUUAACUUGCAUUUCAGCUGAUAGUGAUAGUGACAAGUCGUGUUAUACACCUCCUCCCAAAGGUUUGAAUGCUAAAUUGAGUCAAUCUAAAAAUAACGAAGAAAAAAAUUUAAAGAGUACUAAAUAUACAUUUUCAUUGCGUGAGGAUAGUGAAGAUCGUUUAGUUGUAACCAAGCCGAAUGGAAGUAAUAAUGACUUAAAAUCUGGAUUACCAAAUAGUGAAAAUCAACAUAAGAAACUUGAAACUCGAAAAACAAAUGAUCGCACAGAUCAAGUAUUUUUAGAUUCUAGUUCAAGCGAAGAUGGUGGGUUAGAAGAAGAUAUUGAUUUAAAUAUUAUUAAAGAAAUAACUACUGAGAAAAUAAAAAAAGUAUUUGAGUUACACGAAAAACAAGAGCAAGCACUUCUUCUUCUAAAAAAAAAACUAAUGGAGAAAAAACGUAAAGUUAGGACUUCUUCUAGUUCAAGUGAGAGCUCAGAUGAAGAACCUGUCAAAAAGAAAAGUGUUAAACGGAAACGUGUUAAACGAUCGUCAUCUAGUAACAGUGAAGUUAAUACUAGAAAAAAGUCCAAGCGUUCACGCUCUAGUAGCAGCAGUAGCAGUGCAAGUGAUACAAGUGCUGAUCAUCAUAAAUCAUUAAAACGAUCUAAAGAUAAAUAUUCAAAGAAAAAGUCAUCACGCCGUCGUGCUAAAGAAGAUAGUACAUCUCGAUCUCGAUCUCGAUCGGUUUCAAUUAGCUCAAAUGAACGGUUACGUAAGAAACGAGUUUCUUCAAGUGAAGAAUCAAGUCCUAGGCGUAAGCACAAAUCAUCCAAACGCAAACGUUCAUCUCGGAGACAAAGAAGCAGUGAUAGUAGUUGCAGCAGUAGAUCAUCACCAUGUUACAAAAAUAAAAGACGUUAUAGUACAAGCCGUUCACGUUCGACUAGUAUUUCAUCAAGCAGUCAUUACUCUCGCAGUUCUAGUUCAAGCCAGGACUCAAGCAGUUCUGGGUCUAGUCGUAGUUCAAAGUCUCGAUCUGCAUCUAUACCUAGGCGACGGGGGUCGCCUAGUUUUUUGGAUCGAAGACGAAUUACAAGAUUUGUUAAGUUUUGAUUUUUGGCAGUUUUUUUUGUUUACAAGCUGGUAAAUAUUGAAAUUCCAUUUUCACCAAAUAUUUUGAAUUCUGCGAUAAAAUCUUCAAUAACAGUUAAAAAUUAUUUUGUAGUGCGAGAAAAAGACCCAUCCCAUACACAAGACUAACGCCGUUUUCCACCAAUUCUGAUACGGAUAGUGUCAUCAGCGUGCACGACUCACCAAUUGCUGAGAGCCACUAACUCGGAAUUUUUUCUUUGUAAACUAACACAAUUUGUUAUAGUGCAAUAACUAUUAGGCCAACGUUAAAUGGUUAAGCUAUCUAACUCUAGUCAAAUAUUUGUGGAGUGUGAAAUAAUCACAUUUCAUAAUUUUAUUAUUUCAACCUUCCUAGUAAACAUGUGAUUUUAUUACUAACAUUCCACGUAGAGAUUAAAACUUACGAAAUCUAGUCAAAAGUCUAAGUCAUUCCUUUACGCCUUGUAAAUGUUUUAAAAUCUUUGUGAUAUAUUAUUUUUGACGGGAAUAAUACAAUAUUUUUCAUGUUACCAAUAAUAUGUUAUUCUAUGUUAUUAUUUAUUAAUUUACUAUAUAUAUUUUUUUUUCAUUUAUAUAUAUACACAACAUUUGUAUGUUUAAAAUAAUAUUGUUCUGGUAAUUUUCAAAGAUGGACCAAAAGUACCGACAGCAUUUAAUUUUUUAAAUUUAAUGCAAAAUAUCAACAUGCAAUUACAUAGUGUUCUAUGUCUUAUCAUUUUUAAGUUUUAACAUAAUAUGUUAUAAUAUUAUUAUAUUAUUUAAUGAAUUUGAUAGAAAUAAAAUAUCUGUUUGUAUUUAUAA